AGGCAGACACAUUCCUCUGUCCUCCCCCAGGAGAGUGAAAGGGGAGGAAGAGGGGAGGCUUCUGCUGCUGUGCGCAUUUAAUUAGUGAGGAAGAAGAAGAAGAAGCGUCAGGACGGCCCGGGACGGACAGCACCGCCCCCCUGCAGGCAGCUCCGGGCUGAGAUUCAGCUGCAGAGUCAGUCCGGACUGAAGCUCUGCUGAGAGGAGGAAAGUUAGCGUGUUGGAUCGGGCUGCAGAGGAUUGAACGUUCACUGGUGGAUGUCUUUAAAGUUUGUUUUUGUGUUUUUAAUCUCUUGAGUUCUUCUUUUAAACGUUUGGAUCGUAAUAAAACCGUACUGCUUCGUGACAAACUUCUUGUAAACAGUUCCUGGCUGUGCGUAUUUUCGGUGCGUCUCGCUAACUGAGUGAUGAUUGCUUUGGAAAUGUCACUCCAUCAUCCCGGCGGGGCCGAGGGGAAAGUAAGAAAACACCUGUUGUGAAAGUUUUCCUGGAGCCUCUCACGGAUAAACCCGAGCGGAGCCGAGUCAGAGGGAGCGGAAUGCGGCCUUUACGCGCGGAGCAGACGCGGAUUCAGAGAAGAAGAUGAGUGCUAAUCUCCGCAGAAAUCUCUCCGGGCUCCGGGCUGUGUGUUUGCUGUGAGCAUGUUGCCAUGGGGACCCGGGCUCAGGUGAGCUCCGGUUGGGAUGGCUCGUGAGGACGCGGUGAGGUGUCUGCGCUGUCUGCUGUACUCGCUCAACCUGCUGUUUUGGCUGAUGUCAGUGUGUGUGUUAGGCGUGGCAGCGUGGAUCAGAGACUCCCUGAAUACCGUGCUGACCCUGACAGCCCACACCAGGUUGGAGGAGGCGGCCGUGCUCACGUACUCUCCGGCGGUCCACCCGGUCUUCAUCGCCGUGUGCUGCCUCCUCUUCAUCGUGGCGAUGGUGGGGUACUGCGGCACGCUCAGGUGUGACCUGCUGCUGCUCUCCUGGUAUUUCUGCAGUCUGCUGCUGAUCUUCUGUGUGGAGUUAGCGAGCGCAGUGUGGACCUACGAGCAGCCCCCCAUUCAGCGCUCUGAUAUGAUCAGUCUGAAGUCUCGGAUGCCCAACUUUGGCCUGCAGCGUUACCAGUGGCUCACACACACCUGGAACAGCUUCCAGACAGAGUUUAAAUGCUGCGGGGUGAUCUACUUCACUGAUUGGCUGGAGAUGACAGAGAUGGAGUUUCCUCCUGACUCCUGCUGCUCCAAUCAGUAUCCGGGAUGUGCUCGCCACGCCCACCUUCAUGACCUCAGUGACCUGCACCAAGAGGGCUGUGGUCCAAAGAUCUACAGUUUCAUCCGGGGGACUAAACAGCUGCAGGCGUUGCGUUUCCUGGGCGUGUCCAUCGGUGUGGCUCAGAUCCUCGCCAUGGCGCUCACACUCACGCUGCUCUGGGCGCUUUAUUACGGACGCAAGGCCCCAGAGCCCGACACCAUGACAGCCCCGCCUCCUCAGGAUGACCCCGCCCCCCUCACAGUGACACACGGAGCCUCGGGUGAAGCUUCAGCGUGUAACCGCACAAAUAAAGUGUGUAACAACACAAACUGCACACACAGCAGCGGGUCGGAGCUGCAUUUUGAGAUGGAGAGACUGUCAUGACACAGAGGAGCGGCCGACCAAUGACAUCAGACGAACAGCAAAGGUGAUUUAAAGAUCAAAAACUGAAACUUUAAGAUCUUUUAGUCACUUUGUUCAUCUUUCCGUCCGCCUGUCAAAUCAGUGUUGUGGCGUCAUUUUGGUGUCAGAGUUGAGUACAAAGACGAGGAGGAGAAAACUGUGAGCAAAAAAAUCUGCAAUCAUUGUUUCACUGUGAGCGGAGAGACGAGUCAGGACAUCGCUGCAGAUUUAAAGAAAACUCGACAGGAGGAACAGAGAGGAAACAUCCUGAUCUGAGCCUGAGGAGGUCCUGCAGAGGAAAGGUUCUCUGUGGACUGAAGCUCUAAGACGAGGAACUCUCCCUCCUCUCCUUUUUAACCACUUUACAAAAUGAACUAUUUAUCAACCAGUUCAGAGUCUCUGAAGAUCAUGUUGUUGUUGUUGUUGUUGUUGUUGUUGUUGUGUCACUGGGGAUACACUGUUGUGUUUGUCAGAGUGUUGAUUAGAUUAGAGGGAAUGUGCAUGAGUUUGAUAUUUAAUAUUUGUUUCAGUCGUUGUAGCGUUUGAUCACUUCUCACUGGAAUAAAACACAAAAUAUAUUUCACUGUCUGCAGA